CGCGCCUGAGAGAGGGGUGCGCCGCGGGGCGGCGGGGGGAAGGGGGCGCCAGACCCGCGGGGGGUCCCGCUCGCCGCCACAUCCAUCCCCCCGGAAUUGCUGCCCCUGCGACCGAUUUGUUAUUCUGGAGGCGCCAGAGAAACCGAGGGAGCGCGGAAAAGGAGGGAGGAAAGAAAAAAAAAAGGGGGGGGGCAGCGUUUAAAUCCCUUCCCCCUGCUCCUCGCCUCCUCCAUUCCUCCCUUCAUUCGACCUCCCCUCCGGAGCCGCCGGAUUCACCAGGAUCUUGUUGCAUUGCUGGUGUAAGCCCCCACUUCCAGAAGGGCUGAUCUUGCCUGUCUCCAUCUCACAGGGAACAGCCCAAGGGGGGGGUAGAGUGAUAAAAAUUUAUGUUUUCAUCAAACCGGGCCAAGGAGAAUGGGGGUCCCACACCCAAAAGAAUGAAGACGCGACAGAACAAAGACUCAAUGUCAAUGAGGAGUGGACGGAAGAAGGAGACUCCAGGGCCCCGAGAAGAGCUGAGAUCACGGGGUCGAGCUUCCCCAGGUGGUGUCAGCACCUCCAGCAGUGAUGGCAAAGCUGAAAAAUCCCGACAAGCAACAAAGAAAGGCCGGGUGGAGGAAUCUUGUACCACCAAAGGCAGCAAGCAGGGCCGAACAGAGGAGAUCUCGGAGAGUGAAGGGGAAGACAGCAAUGCACCCAAAAAAACCAAAACUGAGGAAUUACCUUGUCCUCCAUCCCCAUCAGAUGUUGACAGCCUUGAUGGCCACAGUUUCAAUGAUGAGAUGAGCAGUGACCCACGGGACAUUGACCAGGAUAACAGGAGCACCUCACCAAGUGUCUACAGCCCUGGAAGUGUGGAGAAUGACUCCGACUCCUCCUCUGUGCUGUCCCAGGGACCGUCUCAUUCCUACCACCACCCUCCACUCUUCCCUCAGAGUCCACCGGUAGCUCCUCCUCCUGACAGCCUGGCCCGUCCGCCUGAGCCAAGCUUUGGCCUCCCAGCUGAAGUCCAUCCGCAGGGCCCCACUGCAGGGAGUUUCCACUCUCAGCUCGAGGGCCAGGCUUCGCGGAUUUUCCAGGCUCAAGCCCCACAGACACCUGCCUCCUCCACUUCUGCUGUUGCCACCUCUUCUACUCCUUCCUCCUCCUCCUCCUCCUCCUCCUCUACCCAUGCUCCUCUUUAUCCUACGGCCAAUGUAGUCCAGGUUGGGACCAAAAUUUCCAGUGGUGUUGGGGGGCUCCUAGCAUCAGGAGGUCGCGAACAGACCCUCAGUGCCAAGCACAAUCCACCGCCAACCACCCCUAUCUCACUGGCAUCAGUGGCUGGGGGGCUUCCUUCUCAAAAGACCCCCCCAGCCAACCCUCCGGCUGCCUCCCCAGCUUCUGCUCCUUCCUUUCCCCAUGUCUCUGCUAAUCUGCCUCCCCCACCAGCUCUGCGCCCGCUCAACAAUGCAGUGGCCACCUCCAGUUCUCCAGGGAUGGUAGGGCAGACCCUGGGUGGGCACCUCCCAUCACCCCAUGGAAUAGGGCAAGACAAGGCACAAACUGUGACCCCGUCACGUUAUCCCUAUGCUCCUCCACCACUGCCACCAUCCAGCUCCUCUACUCAGUACCCCCAGGCAUCCCCUGCACAGCCCCUACCCAGUUACAGUGCCUCCUAUGGCCACUCCUUCCCCCCACCCAGUGGCCUCUCUGUGUCCAGUCAGCCCCCCAAAUACACCCAGCCCUCCCUGCCUUCCCAGCCUGUCUGGAGCCAGGGGCCACCCCCCUACAGCCGUCCACUGGGCAACACCAGCUCCCACCCUGCUGCCUCCUUCCCUGGUCAGAGCUCCCACCACCAGCAGUCGCCCCAGCAGCACCACCAUGGCCAUGGGAGUGGAGGGGGGAUCUCCCCAGCCACAGCAGCUCCUCCCCAGGCCACUGGAGGUUACUCGCACACCCUGGAGUCAAACAACCAUCACCCUUCCCAUGCCACUUAUGGGCUGCGACUCUACCCUCCCCACAGCCAGGCCACUUACAGCCAGGCUCCCUCUGCGGCUGCUGCGGCCCCCCCUGCCUCCUCCUCUUCCUCUUCCUCCUCCGCUUCUUCCUCUUCUUCCUCUUCCUCAUCCUCCUCAUCUUCUGCCUCCUCUGUCUCUUCCCAGGGAAGCUAUCCUGGCCUGUGUGCUCACCCUCAGGGGCAGAGCCCUGCCACAUACAGCUUUCCUCCGCCGCCCCCACCCUCCCCUGCCCACGGUGCCGGUCCCCCUGUCACCUCAGUUUCCACCACGCUCUCCACUGUCAUCGCCAACAUGGCCUCCCCUUCCUCGGCCCCUUACAAGACUGUGUCACCCCCAGUGCCCCCUUCAGCCAUAGCCCCAUAUGGGAAGCGAGCAUCAUCCCCUGUCCCUACCUUCCAGCCCCCAGCCCCCUACAAGCCAGGCUCUCCUCCUGUGUCCUCCACCUCCUCCUUCCGUGUGGCUACCCCUCCCGGUUAUCGCAUGACAUCUUCCCCUGUGACGGGUGGCUACAAAGCCUCCUCCCCUGCCCCAGCCACCCCUUCGCUACCGGGCAGCAUGGGCACCCCCGUGCCACCGCUGCCCCCACUCCCACUGAGCGCGGCACAGAUCAAGCAGGAGCCGUCGGAGGAGUAUGAGCCCCCUGAGAGCCCCAUGCCGCCGGCUCGCAGCCCCUCACCACCCCCGAAGGUGGUGGAUGUGCCCAGCCACGCCAGCCAGUCAGCCAGAUUCAACAAACACCUGGACCGUGGCUUCAACUCCUGCUCCCGCACAGACUUAUACUUUGUACCCCUUGACGGCUCCAAGCUGGCCAAGAAAAGGGCAGAUUUGGUGGAAAAAGUCCGGAGAGAGGCUGAGCAGAAGGCCCGUGAGGAGAAGGAACGAGAAAGGGAGCGGGAGAGGGAGAAGGAGAGGGAAAGAGAGAAGGAGAGAGAGCUGGAGAGAAGUGUGAAGAUGGCCCAGGAGGGCCGGCCAGUUGAAUGCUCCUCUCUUGGGCCUGUUCCCCACCGCCCCUCCUUUGAGCAGGGCAGUGCUGUAGCAACUGUUCCCCCAUACCUGGGUCCUGAUACCCCGGCUCUGCGCACACUAAGUGAAUAUGCACGGCCACACGUUAUGUCCCCCAGCAACCGCAACCACCCUUUUUACGUGCCACUGGGUGCUGUUGACCCAGGCUUGUUGGGGUACAAUGUGCCAGCCAUCUACAGUAGUGAUCCAGCUACGCGGGAGCGAGAGUUGAGGGAGCGAGAAGCCCGUGAACGAGACCUGAGGGACCGAGACCUGCGUGAACGUCUCAAGCCUGGAUUUGAAGUCAAGCCAGCUGAGUUGGAGCAGCUUCAUGCCGUGCCAGCGGCUGCCAUGGAUCCUUUCCCACGCCAUGGUGGGCUGAGUCUGCAGACAGCCCCUGGCCUUCAUCCUGCUUUUCCCUUCCACCCAGGGCUGGGCCACUUGGAGCGGGAGAGGCUGGCGCUGGCAGCUGGCCCAACUCUUCGUCCCGACAUGUCCUAUGCUGAGCGCUUGGCAGCCGAGCGCCAGCAUGCAGAGCGGGUGGCUGCUCUCAGCAAUGACCCUCUGGCCCGACUUCAGAUGCUCAAUGUGACACCGCAUCAUCAUCAGCAUUCCCACAUCCACUCCCACCUCCAUCUCCACCAGCAGGAUGCUAUACAUGCAGCCUCAGCCUCUGUUCACCCUCUUAUUGACCCACUUGCCUCGGGAUCACAUCUCACCCGGAUACCAUACCCAGCAGGAACCAUCCCCAACCCACUGCUCCCUCACCCCUUACAUGAGAAUGAAGUGCUGCGCCACCAGCUUUUUGCUGCACCCUACAGGGACCUGCCUGGGUCUCUCUCUGCACCUAUGUCAGCAGCACAUCAGCUCCAGGCCAUGCAUGCACAGUCAGCUGAGCUGCAGCGCUUGGCUCUGGAACAGCAGCAGUGGCUUCAUGCCCACCACCCUCUGCAUGGAGUACCGCUCCCUACACAGGAGGAUUACUACAGUCACCUGAAGAAAGAAAGUGACAAACCCCUUUAAAUGGACUCCUACCCUCAAUGCAACAUCAUCAUGUCUUUCUCUUAAGAGGAGCAAUUGAGCAACCAAAUUUUGGGGGAGGGGAGGCUGCGGAGUAACACAUCCUGAUCCUACAGUGCAGUACAGUGCAAGAGCAGAAUGGAUGAAGAGUACAGGAUGGCAUCGUGGGAGCAGAAUGGAGAGGAGAGAACGUGGGGAGGGAUUGAAGUAACACUAAAGGACAUGGAAUGAUUGGUACAUAAUUUCAGCAGGGCUCUGAAAGAAACAAAAUCAGCAUUGCAGAGAACUGACAAAGACUGAUGGAAAUUCAAGAUUGCAGCUGCUCCAUCCUUUCUUUUGGAGGAAGAGUUGCAUUAAAUAAAAACAGUGCAGAGCAUCACAGUAUUUUACGUCAUGAUGUUGCUGCCCUUUCUGCUUCUGUGAGGAGGAGAUGUGUCCAAGAAGUAACUUGAAAUCAUAUGGAGCUUCUUUUCAAAAUGCCUCUUCACCUCCCCUACUUUAGAUGUAAGAUACAGCUUAGUGACGCAAAAAAAAAGCAACAUGGAACUUUUUCGAAUUAGCCAGAGUGCUUCCCAGUCUCCAAAAUCCUGUUAGAUACAAAGCAAGCAUUAUGGGACCUCUUCAGAAAUGGCCGCUCCUACCUACUCAGUCAGUCACUGAGGGACUUGGCCUAGCCUUUGAGGUGCGAAGCACCAUGAUACUGUUCACGAGAUGGUGGCUGUGCUUCCCUAUGCCUUGAAGGGAAUGGACAGGGCCAUGACGUGCAAAGCACCGUGAGACCAUUUUAAAGACUGCGAUCUACCCCUUUGAGCCCCGUUGGGAGAGCUGACAUGGCCAAGAGACCCUGCAUCCUCGUACUCUUUGCAAAGGUGGUUGCCCCUCUCCCCCAACCCAUUCUAAUUGAUGUACUUUAACUCAUGCACAUCCUAUUAGACGUGGCAGUUUUAUGUAGCAAUUUGUGAGUCCCUUAUCCCUCUGUGCGUGUCUGAUUUCACAGUUGUAUAUCUCGAUUGGUCCCCAUAUAUAUAUUUACUUAAACAUGAAAAAAAAAGAAAAAACAACCAACAACCCAACUACGGAAAAACACUCAAACAGUUUCCCACGCACUCCCAAGCCCAAACACACAUUCUAAUAAUUUAUAUAUAUAAAUAUAUAUAUGAAGCUCUUAAAAAAGAAAAGCAAACAAAAAAAAAA